AUGAAAAACGUAAGCCAGUGUUUGAUCCUCAGGCAAAUUCCAACAGAUCCCAUAUUUUUCGGUUUGCACUCUUCUUUAGCUGUCACUGCAUCUCUGUCCGUUAUAUUUACUAUCCUGCUCGGAAUUCGUUUCUACAGGCGCACAACUUUUCAUCGAAACGUUCAGAUUCUUAUUUACUUGCUAUUUGCAUACGGCAUCAUCUUCAACUCAAUAGUCGAUGCUACAUAUACGUUUCAUGUCGGCCACAUUAUUGGUGAGGACUCUCCAUGUUCACUUGUUUUCUACACAACGGAGUGCUGGUGGUCUCUGGCUCCGUCAAUCACAUGUAUUACUGGAUUUAUUCUCAUUCAGGCUGCCUUUACUAUUGAACGAGUCAUAGCUACAUGUCGACUUGGACAUUACGAAAGAAAAGGGAAGUUUGUGGGGCCAACACUUGCAGUUAUGGUG